UUUUAAACAACAGAAAUUUAUUAAUUACACAAAGUACUUUUAAAUUUUUUUUUGUUUUUUUUUCAGUAAAAAUGUACAGUGAAAUAGAGGAGGGUGAAUAUAUAGAUGAAGAGGACAUUGACACCGAGCAAAUAGAAAAAGAACAAAUUUCCACGAAUUUAAGGUUUUUUUUAAAUUUUAUAAAAUUAAAAAUAAUUUAGAAAAAUGUCUAAAAAUCGAAAACCAAUAAAACCACCACAAAUUGAAGAAGAUGACAAUGACGACGAUGAAGUUUUAAGACAAAAAUUGCUUGAAAAUUUAGUGAAAUCACAAACUAGAAAACAAUUAACAGAAUCAAGUGAAGGGAGUAGUCAAUCACCGAAAAGAAAAUCUUCUCAAAAUAAUAAAUUAUCUAUUUUAAUUUCACAAUUGGAUGCGGCACAUAAAAAAAGAGAUUCGUAUUUAAGUAGGCGGAGAGAAAUUCAAGAUCUCGAUUUGCGUGAAUUAAUUCCUUCUAAAGCUGUAGAUGUUAUUGGACAAUUACAACAACAAAAAGAAAUUCAAAAACCGAUAUUAAUAAAUUCUAGAAAUGAAGAUUUAAAUCAACAUUUAGUUCCACAAUUAAAAAGUUUAACAGAACCAAUCAAAGUUAUCAAUAAAAAGAAAAAUAUUUCUCCAAGUAAUAUUCCUCUUGAAGAAGGUGAAAUAGCUGAAAAUGAUGAAGAAGGAGAAGAGAAUAUUGUUGUUAAUGGGGAAAUAAAAGAAAACAAAAAUAAUCAAACUAAUCAAAUCAUUCUAAAAGAAAAUGAAGUUCUGAUAGAAAUGGAUAAAAAUACAACAUCUAUAGUACCUGAAUUUCCUGAAAAUUUGGAAGAACAGGAUGUUAGAAAGGAAUCUCCAUCUCCCCCAACACUUCUACCUCCCUCACUUCCAUUAAUGAAUAUUCGUUUAUAUAGUCCAAAUUUCCCUCAACAUUUAUUAUCACAUCCAGCAUUUUCAAGUAAUUUAAAUCCAUUUAUUCCUCUUUGCCCAUUUCAAUUAAAUGGACGUUGUGCAGACAAACAAUGUUUAUUUCAACAUGAACAAGAUUACAUUUUAAAUGAAAAAGAAAUUGUUGAAGAAUUUUUGUCUUAUUGGCCAAAACUUGUACCAAAAGGAAUGGGGAAUUCUGAUUAUGCUACAAAAAUGCUGGCAGAAGGCCCAUUAGAUCAAGUACUUGGAUUUUUAAUGGCUAGUAUGCCCGAUGAUGUUCGGAUUUGUUUAAAUUUAUUUUCUGGGAAAUAUUUUGAAUAUUCUCGUCAAGCAGAUAAACAAAUAAGUAGAGAUGAUCAAAUUGAAUAUGAGCAAACAAUAAAAGGGGCUGUCGGUCAACCAAAAGGGUGGUUGUCGUUAUCACAACAAAAAGGUAAUAUGAAAACUUUAAUCAACAAAAAUGACAAAAAGAAGUGGUUUGAGCCGAGAAAUAAAAAUAAUAUUAUUGAAUCAGACUGA